CAUUGACAACACUGAGCAAUUCAUUUUACUGAUAGCUUUGAGAUACGGUAAGGCUCUUGCUUCGCUUCUCCUCACCGGUAAAGUAACGGACUAGCUGCCGGCGAAUGGCCGCCUCUAUUUUAUCGUCUCCCUGUUUCGCCGACGAUCAGUUCACUAGAGCAUGUGUAUGUGCACAGUCGAUCCCCAGGUGGGAAAACAUGAUAUGUUUAAAAGCUUCAAUUCGGAGUGGAAAACAGCAAUUCGAUACCAAGUUAUAUAUGGUCCCUUCAACAAUUGCCCAUCGGCGCCACUGGACAUCGAGAAUGUUCGCUUCUGUUGGCUCGGCAGAUGCAGAUACGGCAUGCCAAGAAAAUGACGUUUCUUCCCGAGCCUCGACAUCGAGGAACUCCACGAGGAGUGAACCGUUUCUUGGCGAGUCGAGGAGCCACUCAGAUGGAGCGGUCGAUUUUCAGAUGCAGUUGGAGGAGUUGUUUGAAGAAGUCAAAACGAUGGUUAAAAUGGGAAGCAAGGAUGAAGCAAGAGACUUGCUUCAGGCAAACUAUGAAUUUGUCAAAGAACAGAUUUCUGAAGGUACCAAAGGGAUUGAACAGGCUGCCACCCUUGACAUUGUAGCCUUGGGCCACUUGCUUCUUGGAGACUUGGAUCUUAUUGGACGUGUUUUGGAUACUUUGCAGGAGAUUGUUGACCUGCUAAAUGAUGACAUACCUGUUCUGGAUUCAGUAUUGACACAUAUGGGCAGCAUGUAUUCAGCGAUGGGGAAGUAUGAGAAAUCUAUGCUUGUAUAUCAGAGAGGCAUCAAUCUUCUAGAGAAAAAGUAUGGGCAGUCUAGCACUUACCUUGUGUCGCCUUUGCUGGGGAUGGCAAAAGUUCUUGGUUCUCUUCAUAAGGCCAAGAAAGCUGUAGAAAUCUACCAGCGUGCAAUCAAUAUCUUGGAAUCAAGCAGAGGUGCUGAAAGUGAAGACUUGGUUGUACCUUUAUUUGCUCUUGGCAGCCUUUUAGUCAAGGAAGGAAAAGCUGCUGAUGCAGAAAGUCCAUUUCUUAGGUAUACUUUACUUUCCAGAAUCUUAAGCAUUUACUCGAAGCUAUAUGGGGAGGGUGAUGGGAGAGUGGGAAUGGCCAUGGCUUCUGUUGCCCAUGCAAAGUGCGCAUCAGGGAAAGCUGAAGAAGCUAUUGAUUUAUACAAAAAUGCUCUUCAGAUUAUGAAAAAUGGAAGCUACACGAAGUUUGAUGAUGGUGUGAUGGAGAAGAUGAGGAUCGACUUAGCUGAACUGCUUCACGUGGUAGGAAGAGGGAAAGAGGGCAGGCAACUGCUGGAAGAGUGCCUGUUGAUUACUGAGAAGUAUAAAGGGAAAGAACACCCAAGCUCAGUAACCCACCUCCUAAACCUUGCCACCUCCUACUCACAGUCGAAAAACUUUGUGGAGGCUGAGCGGCUCCUGAAAACAAGCUUGGAGAUGAUGAGGAAAAGUGGGACCCCCGGUGACGACGGAUCCAUUACAUUUCCAAUGUUGCAACUUGCAGUUACCCUCUACCAUUUGAGAAGGGACGAUGAAGCAGAAAAGGUUGCGCUCGAGGCAUUGCACAUUCGUCAGAAAGCAUUUGGGAAGGAUUCCAUCCCUGCUGGGGAAGCUCUGGAUUGUUUGGUAUCCAUCCAGAGUAGAUUAGGGAAGGCAGAUGCUGAACUGCUGGCAAUGCUCAAACAGAUGCUUAAGAUUCAAGAGGACAACUUUGGUGUCGGGAGUCGAGAGACGAUGCCAACUUUGAAGAAGAUAGUGUUCUACUUGGAGAAGGUUGGAAGGAAAGACGAGAAAGUGUUUAUGCAGAAGCGAUUGGCAGCGUUGAUGAAGAAAUUUAAACAAAUGGUCGAGUACUAGCUAGAAGAGGAUGAAUGAAGCAAAAGUUUUGUUUGACAUUAGUGUACUCUUAAUACAGGAAGGGAUGCAAUGUUGUAUGUAGCAUAUUUAGGAUAGUGCCGGAACUCGUCACACAUGCCAUGGCUUUGCACUGAACUCCCUGAUACUAGAAUGAGAGAGAACCUUGGCCAGAUAAUCUAUAUACUAGACUCCAUCAGAAAGCUAUCCUACCCAUCUCGAAUUGCCUCCGGUCCAUCGAGCCUGAACAUGAAGAGACCAAGGUUAGGGGACAAGAAGAAAACUUGUCAUGUGGAUCAAAACUUGUCAUCAGUCUGCUCAACAACACUAUUUUAUUUGCAUAUAUUCUUACCAUGUGGAUCAAAAGAAGAAAAC